UGAACGAAGCUCCUUCAAUUGUCUAUAAGAACCUAGCAUGUUGCUGCGUCUCUUUCUUUCUCGGCAACCAACCCACUCUUAUCUUCACCUCUUUAUCAGAUCAUUCCUCCUUACUCUGAUCAGCAUCGUCCCAUCAUGACUAAAGUCCAAAUGAGUGAUCCACUCUCGGCGAGCCACGAAGAAGAGGCAGUGGCAGCACCAGCCAUUGCCCAGUUGCCAAACGAAGAGGAACAUCAACCUGGCAAAUGGCAAGCCAUCAAGAGCAAUCCUCGCGUAUUCGCCUGGUGCCUAUUCGCCGCAUGGUGCACCCUCCUGGUUAGUUUCGAAAAUAACGCGUCCGGAAUAGUCAUCGGUAUCCCACAGUUUCGAAAAGACUUUGGCAACUAUUACAAAGGGGACUGUCAUCCCAGGCAACUGGCAGUCGGCAUUUUCUGGGGCUCCCGUGGCUUCGUGGCGGAUUCGAUCGGCCGUAAAUGGACCAUCAUGGUCUCUCUCCUCGUUUCGUACGCCGCUAUAACCCUCGAAUUCGUGUCGACGACUAACCCGGUCUUCUUCGCUGGGAAGUUGGUCAACGGAUUUGCCGUCGGCACCUUAGCCGCUACAACCGCCACCUACAUUGGCGAGAUCAGCCCGCUCGCCCUCCGUGGUAUGCUGACGUGCAUCAUAGCCUUUGCAUAUACAGUCGGUCCCUUCGUCGCGGCCCUGAUCCUCGACGGUAUUGGUUCCUCGACUACACGAUGGACGUACCGUGCCGUGUUCUGCUCUCAGUACGGAUUCUGUGCCGUGGCAACCCUUUUCGCCCCCUUCAUGCCCGAGUCGCCGUGGUGGUUGGCCAGCAAGGGUAAGGACGCAAAGGCGCUGCGCAGCCUUAGGUCCCUGGGAUACACGGCGGAAGAAAGUGCCGAGCAGCGCCUCGCUCUUAUCAAAUUCACGUUGGAGGAGGUUCGCGCCGAGACGGAGGGCGUCGCCUACCUCGAAUGCUUCCGCUACUCGAACCUGCGGCGGACUAUUAUCAGCGUUAGUCCGUUGUCGAUCCAGGCCCUCUCUGGCGUGCUCUUCAUCGCCUCGUAUUCAACCUACUAUGCCCAGCUAGCCGGUUACAGUAGCAAGAUGAGCUUUAAGCUUAACAUUACUCUCCAGGUCGUCUCCAUGUUCGGCAACAUAUGCUCAUGGGAUCUGAUCGAUCGCGUCGGACGUCGCAAUCUUACGCUCUGGGGCACCGUAAGCCUCACCGUCAUCCUCAUGAUUGCCGGCGGCCUCGCUACGGCGGGAACAACCGCCUCGAUCAAAGGAUGCGUAGCAAUGAUGAUAUUCUUGGGUUCAUAUACAAUAGCACAAUUGGUGCCACCGCCUACACCAUCCUCACCGAGAACGCCACCGCCCGGCUUCGUGUCAAGACCAUUGCCAUCGGAGUCGCUCUACAGAACUGUUGCCCGAAACGACCGGACGAUCCUACGAGGAAUUGAACGAAUUAUACACGCGGAGGAUCCCGGCACGGAAGUUCAAGACCACCGUCACCGAGGUGGAGUCUCGGGUAAUGCAGAUGGAACAGAAGCUGGCCAGAUAAAGGGCUAG